AUGGAAAUUGAGGCAUUUAUGAAGUUGGGUCAGAAAUGUGGCCUUGAAGGUAAAGAAUUAUUAGAUUAUGUAGAGUCCAAAGAAAAACAACUAAAGGAAGAAACACGUCAGCAACAAAAUGCUGAGCGUGAGGAACGGAUGAGGGAAAGACAAGAACGUGAAAAGGAAAGAGAACAUGAAAUAGAAUUAGCUCAAUUAAGAGAAAAACAGAAUGUUAUCAAGGGUCUUUCAGGGAAUGUGCCGAGCAUGCCAGUGUUCAGAGCAGACUCUGAUGAAUUAGAUGCUUAUAUUCUAAGGUUCGAGCGUCAUGCAAAUUUGCAGAAAUGGCCGACGGAAUAUUGGGCAUGCGCAUUAGGUAAUCUGCUGACAGGUCAGGCUUUGGAAGUCUAUACUCGGAUGCCCACUGAAGACGCAAGCAAUUAUAGAGCUUUGAAAUCUACGCUGCUGCAGCAUUUUGCUUUAACAAGCGAGGGAUUUCGCCAACGAUUUCGGGAUGCGAAACGUGGCAGUUCUGAGACGUUUAAGCAAUACGCUGCUAGAUUAAACAAUUACGCGAAGCGCUGGGUAGAGUUAAGCGGGAAAGAUGCAUCUUAUGAUUCAUUACUUGAACUAUUGGUUAUGGAUCAAGUUCUUGAAAGUUGUGAUCGCUCAACCGCAGUUUUCAUUAGGGAGCGUAGCCCUAAAAGCUUAUCGGAAUUGAUUGAUAUUGCAGAGAAAUAUAGUGCAGCCCAUGGAACUACACCACGUGGUUCCAGUAGGAACGCGCAGAGUGGUGAGAAGGCGCGUAAAAGUGUCAACGGAAAUGAACGACACGAAAAGAGUCAAAACACUAAAGGCCCUUGUUAUGCCUGUGGAAAGCAGGGACACUUAGCGAACAGGUGUCCAGAUCGCAAGCGAGAUAUCAAGGGUAAGCAACCAGACUCAUUUCAGUCAGGGGCGCGCAAGCAAAUUGUUGGUGCUUGUAUCGCUGGAUUCUGUCCGGGUUCUGACACUAAGGAAUGUGGUCAUCGUAGUAUGGGUUUUAGUGAUGAAUCGCAGGCUGUAACCCUACAAUGUGGGCAUAAACUUCCGGUUAUUAGUGCUGGAUGCACGGUAGGUACUGAUAUGCCAGUAUAUAAAGGCAUGCUGGAUGGUAAGCCAGCAAGUGUACUGCGGGAUUCUGGAAGUAGUAUUGUGAUUGUCCGUUCUGGGUUAGUAGAUGAGGAAAACUUCACUGGUGAAAAACAGUUAUGCCUUCUCAUAGAUAGAACGGUAAGAUAUGUGCCAAUUGCAACAGUGGAGGUAAGAAGUCCUGUAUUUACAGGUAAGGUAAAUGCCCUUUGCAUGACUAACCCACUCUACGAUGUUAUAAUUGGUAAUAUUCCAGGAGCAAAGAAACUACAGGAUCACACUGAGGAACUGACUUUGGAGGCGGGCGAGAAGUUAGAAGUCAACGAUAAUGGUCAACACUAUGUUCCACCCGAGGUUGCUAACGAGUCAUCCAUCAGCGCAGAGACGACGGAACCGGAUGUAACCAUUCAGGGAGCAGGAGUAAAGACUCGUGGAAUGAAGCAACGUGAGAAGGAGCCAUGGAGGCCAAUUGGAUCUGCAGGAGAGCCUGAGAUCGCAGCUACUAGAAAGGACAUAAUCACCUCCCAGCAGGAAGACAAGUCUCUUGAGAAACUUCGGAAAAUUGCUGCCGAAGGAGGUGAGGCUAAAACUGUUGGGAAAGGCAGUAAAGUGCGUUAUUUCUAUAAAAAUGGUCUCCUUUUCCGUGAAUAUCAGUCAUUCCCACAGGUCAACAGACAGGUGUACACCCAGUUGGUAGUUCCAAAGCCUUACAGAAGCCAGGUUAUGCGGCUUGCUCACGACUCCGCGCUGGCAGGACAUCUCAAGGCGAAGAAGACUACUGAACGGAUAAUGUCCCAUUUCUACUGGCCUGGAUUGCAGUCGGACGUCAGACGGUACUGUGCGGCUUGUGACCCUUGUCAACGCACUACUCCUAAAGGAAAGGUCGGUAAAGUACCUUUAGUUAUGCCACCCCUGAUUGAUACAUGUUUCAGGAGAAUAGCAGUAGAUUUUGUAGGUCCCCUUCAACCUAUAACAGAUCGAGGCAAUCGCUACAUCCUAACGAUCGUUGAUUUAGCUACGCGAUAUCCUGAAGCUGUGGCGCUGCCGAGUAUUGAGGCAGAGAGGGUAGCUGAGGCUUUAAUGGAAGUCUUUUCUAGGUUAGGAAUUCCAAACGAAAUUCUUUCUGAUAAUGGUACCCAAUUUGUGUCAGGAGUAAUGAGGGAAGUGUCACGCUUACUUGGGGUUAAGCAGUUUCACACAACUCCAUAUCACCCUAUGGCAAAUGGUGCCUGUGAAAGGUUCAACGGUACAUUGAAGCAAAUGCUUAGGAGAAUGUGCCAGGAAUGUCCUAGGGAUUGGGACAGGUAUUUACCAGCUCUCUUAUUUGCAUACCGCGAAGUUCCUCACGAGAGUUUAGGGUAUUCACCCUUCGAGUUAAUGUAUGGAAGGGCAGUUAGGGGUCCUCUAACGAUCUUGAAGGAAUUAUGGUCCGAAGAAAUAGCCGAAGAGGAUGUGAAAUCUACUUACCAAUAUGUUCUUGACUUACAGGACAGACUGGAGAUGACUUGUAAAGUGGCAAAGACUGAGCUUGAGAAGUCGUCGAGGAAAUACAAGAAGCAUUUCGAUGUGAAGGCUAGAGAGCGGAGAUUUGAGUGCGACGAUCGGGUGCUGUUACUUCUCCCUACUAGUUCGAACAAGCUCUUGAUGCAGUGGAAGGGUCCGUUUGACGUAGUAAGCAAGGCUGCUCGCCACAACUAUGUGCUGCAGAUCGGCAAGAAGAGGAAGACCUUCCACGCUAACCUCAUGAAGCUGUAUGUAGAGAGAUUGCAGGAAGAGCGAGUCGACGACCUCGAGGAGAAUAUCGAUAACGUCGAGGAUGUUCACCAUGAUGUCAAGGAGGAUGACGACAAUAUCGAUAAGAAUGACCACGACGUUGAGGAAGAUGUCCAUCACGUAGGAGAUGAUGUACCUCUGGAAAUAGGUAAUGCAAUUCAAGUCAUUGUUGAUGACGACGAUAACGAGUAUGGUGAUGGUGUAUUAGGGCUUUCCUUCCCGUCAAUGGAGCAGACUGAAGGAGUUGAUGAUGUGAGAUUUGGUGAAGGAAUUGAUGAACCACAGCGAGCGAAAAUGGAGAAGCUGAUUCGAGAGUUCGCAGAUAUUAUGACAGAUGUACCUGGUCAGACGGACAUCGUCAGUCACAGCGUGAACCUGAGCACUCAAUCCUAUAUACGUUCAAGACCUUACCAAGUCCCACAAGCGAUCCGAAACACAAUCAAGGAAGAGGUCGACAUGAUGUUGAAGAUGGGAAUCAUCGAGAAGUCUACCUCUCCAUUCGCGUCACCCGUCGUCAUUGUACAGAAGAAGGACGGUAAGAAUCGUUUUUGUGUAGACUAUCGGAAGAUAAACGCCGUAACCGUGGUGGACAAUGAGCCCAUACCAAACAUGGAGGAGAUACUUGCAGAUGUAGGAGGGGCAAAGUUCUUUUCAAAGAUUGAUCUGUGCAAAGGAUAUUGGCAAAUAUCUGUCCAGGCAAAGGACAGGGAGAAAACUUCCUUUGUAACUCCGGAUGGCCAGUAUCAAUUCAGAGUCCUCCCAUUUGGCAUGGUUAAUGCCCCAGCUCUCUUCACGAGGAUGAUGAGAAUUCUACUUCACGGGAUACCACACGUCGUCAACUACAUAGACGAUAUCCUGAUCUACAGUUCUACGUGGAAUGAACAUGUCGAUGAUGUCAAGAGAGUACUUGCAGCUCUUCGUGCCGCUAAUCUCACAGCAAGGCCAACCAAGUGCCACUUCGGUUGUACCACAAUCGAAUUCCUAGGACACAUGGUUGGUAAAGGUGAAGUUACACCCACUCAGGAAGGAGUCGACAAGAUGCUCAAGGCGACGAGGCCGACGACUAAGAAGGAGGUAAGAGCUUUGAUAGGCCUAGCGAGUUAUUAUAGAAAGUUCAUUCCAAACAUGGCGGUAAUAGCUGCACCCUUGACAGACCUAACAAAGGACAAGGCAUCAAACAAGCAAGAUGGAUGUUAUCGAUGUUAA